AUGAACUUCAGUCUUGCAGAUAACAGCUUUUUUGAUACCAUCAAAGAAUCUAGUCAAAAUCUGUUUCUGAAACUAACUGGUAUCAAGGAUACCAUUGAUAAUGGUCUUAAAAAGCUGUCACCUGAAGCUUUUGAAUUUAUGGAAGAUCUUAUUCGUAGAUUCUUAGCAAUUUUUGCUGGUCAUAAUGUUGGCGCAAUUACCGUUGGUCUAAGUGAUUUUUUAAAAGAUACAUUGGGAAUAUACGAUAAACUUUCAGAAAAUGCUAAACAGGAUUUGAUGCGAGAAUUUCCAACAAUUUCUGACUUGCUAACCAGUGAUGUUUCACGGCUGUUAAUAAGUCGUGCUUCUGAUAUUAGUGCUGGAGCUGAAAAAAUUAUUGAAGCUUUACUACCAAAAAAGACCACUGAUGCACCGGCAAAAGAUACAGUUGGAGAAAAAAUUGAUAUUAAUACUGCAGAAGCAGAUAAUGAUUUAAACAGUGGAAAAACUGUUCAAUCAGUAACAAAAUCUGUUGAUACUCAUCAAAGACCAGAUACUGAUAAUGUGGUGGAUUUGGUGAACGAAAAAAUGACCAAAAUUGAUGUCAAUGUAUAA